UGCCGAAACGGGGAGACCAGAAAGACAUUCAUAUUCUGCACACACAGACUUGAUUUUCAGCCUUCGACGAAUUUUUAAUCCUGAUUGAAGAUUAAAAUAAUCAGUUUUUUCUUGCCUGUGAUUGUCAAUCUACUACUAGGGAUGCUGUAAUUCGUCUUAUAGUUAUCAAAAUUGAUUUGGACAAUUGAAAACGUUACUUGUUUUAUCACGUCCUCUGUGAUGAUUACAUAUCAAGUGAUGUUGUCUGUGUUGUAUGAGGUGCAGUGAGGAUGUGAGGCCUGUUGGACAAGAUUAUCGUUGAUAGAACCAAGAUUAAAAAAAAACAUUUAGUUACCUCAUAGUAGACAAAGGAUUUUGCAAUUACGUUCAAGUAUUGGAUUGUGCAAGUUUUCACCUAUAUUUACUUGCUGCCAUGUCGACAUUUGAGCCAGCAGACAGGAACAGUUGGUAUUUCGGCCCAAUGUCCCGCCAAGAUGCAACGGAUCUUUUGAUGGCCGAGAGAGAAGGUGGAGUCUUCCUGGUACGCGACAGUACUACCAUCAUGGGUGACUACGUUCUCUGCGUCAGAGAGGACAGCAAAGUCAGCCAUUAUAUCAUCAACAAAAUCCAGCAAGGUGAUCAAACUCGAUACAGGAUCGGUGAUCAAAUGUUUCCCGAUUUGCCCGCCUUAUUGUCUUUCUAUCGGCUGCAUUACCUGGAUACGACACCGCUCAUUAGGCCGGCGCCCAAGCGAGUCGAAAGGGUUGUAGCCAAAUACGAUUUUGAUGGAAGCGAUGCGGAUGAUUUGCCGUUCCGCAAGGGUGAAAUAUUGACCGUCAUCAGCAAGGACGAAGAACAAUGGUGGACGGCCAUGAAUAGCCUUGGAGUAACGGGUUCGAUACCUGUUCCAUACGUGCAAAAGCAUGAUGGAACAGAUGGAUUAAUUGGAGAAACCAGCAACAGAAUCAGCAACAGUCCGACAACACCAAAUGCUGCCCCGCAACAACAAGACAAGACUAAACGGCCAGCCAACAUCCAGCGCAAGUUGCCGGCUUACGCCCGAGUGAAACAAGCUCGUGUACCUAACGCUUACGACAAGACGGCCCUACGUUUGGAGGUGGGCGACACCGUCAAGGUGACCAAAAUGCAUAUCAACGGCCAGUGGGAAGGCGAACUUCACGGCAAGGUCGGCCAUUUCCCCUUCACUCACGUCGAGUUUAUCGAUUCGGAAAACGCUGACGAUGGGAUCGACAGCUGAAAAAUCGUUAAAGACAAGUUUAGAUAAAAAAAAAGAGGAAAGA